AUGGACCGAAAAGCUAAACAAAUUGAUCUUUGUUUGGCCGUUCAUAUAGCAGCACAUACAGCCGUAACAAGCAUAGACUAUUUGGGCGAGCUACUGUCAGUGCUAGGAAAAAACUCUGCACUGGAAAAUAUUAGAACCAAGUGUUCUAAGUUAAUAAAAAAUGUAAUUUCACCAGCUAUGCUCACCGAAUUGAUAAAUGAUGUAGAUAAUCAGAAAUUUUUCCUUAUAAUCGACGAAUCACCUGAUGUAUCCGUCAUUAAGUACUUGGCGUUUUGUGUUCAAAACUUCAGUCUGAAACGCAAAAGCAUAAUCACUGAUUUUUUGGGCUUUGUCGAAGUCGAAAGAGCAACAGGAAUAAUAUUAUGUAAUUCCACAAUUCAGUAUCUGACAGCCAUAGGCCUUGACUACAAAAAUGUUAUUGGCAUUGCGUCAGAUAGUGCUGCUAACAUGAUAAGUGUUGAGAAUGACUUCUUUAAAUUCUUUAAAGAUAAGAUGCCAAUUGUUCAGCUGAUUAAAUGUUCUUGCCAUUCUCUGCAUCUUUGUUUAUCAAAAGCCGCUGAGCAAUUACCCGCUGAUCUUGAAUUUUUGGUCCGGGAAUCUAGGAAUUGGUUUGCCAAUAUCCCUUUGCGACGCAUUCAGUAUGAGUCUUUGUAUUCGGCUAUCAAUAAAGGAGAUAUGCCACUAAAACUAGUACAGUUGGUGAAGACUCGAUGGUUGGCCUGGUCGAAGGCUAUUAAUGUACUAGUUGAACAGUGGCUGGAAUUGAAAACCUACUUCAAUAUCCAUCUUGUCGAACAUUUACCCACAAACAUUAAUCACUUCGAGACGCUCCAAUACCUUACUCCAGAUGAAUGUUUAAAUCCUUGUCCUAACAGAGUAGAUUUCUUCAAACUACUCCUAUUUUUGACAAUUCUGAAUGAUGACGUAGAUGUACUGAAGACAUAG